AUGGCUCCCGCACCUCUUCUUCAAAAGAGUGUUCCUGCACCCUCCUCCUUCCCGCAGAAGGCUUUCAUGGAUGUGGCAGAGGAUUAUGAUGGACAGUAUCGCUUUGCUCCCAUUCAGGAGUCCCAAGUUUCAAGGGCCAUGAUCAAGCGGUACUUUGAGACUAUGUACGACAGAGCGAUUUCCGAUGUCGUUAUUGUCGGUGCUGGGAGCGCAGGUCUCACCUGUGCUUACCACCUGGCGGUCACUCGCCCUGACCUUAAAGUCACCAUUAUCGAAGCCAACGUUGCGCCUGGAGGUGGAGCGUGGCUUGGUGGACAACUCAUGUCUCCGAUGAUAAUUCGCAAGCCAGCCGAUGCCUUCCUUAGAGAGCUCGACGUUCCUUACGAGGAUGAAGGUCCCUUCGUAGUAGUAAAACAUGCUGCGUUGUUCACCUCUACCCUGCUGUCCGCCGUCCUCAAGCUUCCUAACGUCGUUCUGAUGAACGCCACAGCUGUAGAGGAUCUCAUCAUUCACGAAGACUUUGCGGGUAAACAACGCGUAGCCGGUGUAGUCACCAACUGGACUCUGGUGGCUCUGAACCAUGACACUCAGUCGUGCAUGGAUCCUAACACCAUUACCGCGCCAAUCGUUGUAUCCGCUACAGGACAUGACGGACCCAUGGGCGCAUUUUCCGCUAAGAGACUCGUCAGUGCGGGUCUGUUAAAGGAGCUGGGAAACAUGCGAGGCUUGGAUAUGAACCGCGCCGAGCCGGCCAUUGUGAACAACACCCGCCAGGUAGCUCCGGGUCUCAUCAUGACUGGUAUGGAACUCUCGGAGCACGACGGAUCCAACCGAAUGGGUCCCACCUUUGGAGCGAUGAUUGGCAGUGGAAUCAAAGCGGCCAAGGAAGCAAUUCGUGCCUACGAUGCUGCGAAAAUCGUAAGUGGAAAGAUUGUGGGAUAA